AUGCCCAUGUCCAGUCGCGAGUUCUUGGAGCGCAUGUGUGCAGGCCAGCAAGUGGUGCUCAGGAAGUCGCUUGAAGCCCUGUGUUUCCGUCGCUUCCGCAUCAGUGAUGAAAGUGAUGCAGACUACGGGAAGUUCACCCCCGCACAGUUCGACAUGAUUAUGGACGUCAUCUGUGACGCAAACACAUGGUGGAGCUUCGCAUCUUUGCAGAACGGCUUGAAAAGCGUCUUCACCGACAUCACCAAGGGGUUCGUCGCUGUCUACUACGUGAAUCCAGUAACGUUUGAUGUCGAGACCUACCACAUCCAGCUUGAUGAGCAGGAUGUUUACAGGUAUCAAGCCGUCGAUGACAAUGGUGAUGACAGGGAGCUUUCAUACGGCGCCUCUUCUUCGGACAUCAUGAACAACAUCCUGCAGAAGUAUCGGGGAAAGUUCGAAGCAACCAACCAGCAAAUCUUCUCAGAACGCACCAUCCAACUCGCAGAGUGGGAAGUGCCAGAGUUCUCCGUGCUUGAGCCUUACUUGCAAACCUUGAUCGAGCAACAAGCCCGACAUGAAUUCAACAGGCAGUAUGAAGAGCAGGAGAUUGAAGAUCGUGAUGAACCAGAAGACAUCUUCAUCGACAUCAACAAGCCUCUCGUGAUGAAGGUCGACGAAGAGUGGGGCAGGAUGUUCUGUGAGGAGGUGAUUGAAAAUGUAGCCAAUGAUACUUUGCGUGAGCACUUCCGUUGCCCCCCUGAUUGUGUAGAUGAAGCGAGCGACAUCUUGCUUAACAUCAUGAUGGAGGCUUGGCCAGUCUACUUAAAGGGUGAUACCGACAUCGAGGACGUCCUCGACAUCGUGCGCGAUAACGUCCUGAACCAUCCAGACCUUCAGCAAUUUCUGCCGGAUGAUGACGAUGACGCCGUGUCAAGCGACACUGACGUGUAG